AAGAGGUGCUAAGCAUAUCAUUAUCGAGAAUUUCGGCGCAUCGAUCAAUCCAGAGAGACCCAACAUGGUGGCUCGUCAAACAUGCCAUGAGCAACACAAACAUGCCUAAAUCUUAGGCCCCACUUUCUCUGGACACGUGUCUUCACCUGAUUCUCCAAUCCAGUAGGCCUCCUCCUUUUGGUUCUCUCCCAUAAUCCAUUCCUUUACUCACUUUGACGUUUCCACAGGCUCACUUGCAGAGAAAAGAAAAAAAUGAAGAUCUUCAACUGGGUACACAAGAGGUUUCAUCAUACCGUCCUUAAGGAUGGGUUGGGUGCAAAUGUGAAAACAAGUGAAUCGACAACAAAUGGCAUUGACAAGCAGGCGCUACUGAAACAAGUUGCGCUUGUUGAUGUGCUUGAUGGUUGGAGGGAUGGCAUUCUAACAAUUGGAACGUUGGGGCUGGAUCCUCUAAAACCCUUCAACCAACCAAAGGAAUAUCUGAUUUUGCAGAGCGAGGAAGAGGAUGAAGAGGGUGAUCAAGAAGAACAAGACUCGGUUGACGGUGGAGAUCAUGACAGCAACGACAAUGUCGAACAGGAAGAACUGAACCCAUUGAUGUUCACAACAUAUGGACACAAUUUUGAGGAUUUUGAAUCAAAUCCUGACCGUCACAUUAAUGUAGUCCCUACACCUGAUGUCAUCAUGACCGUUGAUGGCGUAUCUCUAACUCCAUUUAUGGGGUCUGCGGAAGUGGAACCCAGCCUUCAAUUGGACGAGGAAGCUGGCGAGGGAAAGAAAAAGAAAGGAGAAAGAAUAACACUGGCUGACCUUUUCUUGGCUGAUGCUGAUGUCAAAGGAAAACUAGAUGAUCCUGAAAAAGUCUUCCCAGAUUCGGGUAAAACACCACUUCUUCGAACCAAGAAUGGCCUCUCAUUCGCCAAGAAGUUUAUCCCUCGUGUUAAGGAGGAUUCACGUCCGAUCAAAAAUCUGCAACGACUGGUGAAAAGGAUGUUGAAAAGGAAGAUCCAUCCCGAGUUUGAUGUGAAGAUGCAGAAAUCAGAUGUCCAGAAGCCUGGUGGUGCAAUUGGACUUAUCACCAAUGGCGAACAUGGGGCCUCUGAAUCGGUUACUCUGCUUCCAACUCAAGGUGCCACAGUCUGAGAUUUAAAUAAUUAAUGGCCUGGUUUCCUGGAAAUUAAUGUAUUUUUUUUUGUUAUUGCUAUGUAAAAUAAUUUUUCAAGGACCAUGUGGAUUAGGUUUUCUUUUCUUGUAUUUGAACUAUUGGGCAUGUAUUUUUGUUUUGUGAAUCAUGAUGGAUGUUUGACGCAUGCAUCAACUGCAUGAUGAUCAUGCAUGGGCUACAAUGGUUUAUAUUUUGGCGUUAA